AUGCACUUGCACCACUCAACUCCAUGUGUUCAAGAAGAUUAUCACCCAUACCAACCACAGGCGAGCUGCGUUCUGAAUGGACUGACUUCUGAAGAGAUUUGGCAUGACAACGACGGUUGUAGUCAAUCCACAGCGAACAAUGAUGCAGAUUUUUCUGAAGGGGAACCAGUUCAAGUUGAACGAAAUGCUUACACAGAAGACUUCAGUGAGCUUCAGCCGGUUGAAUCACAAUAUCUUACUUUUUUGAUGGACUACAAUGCUGAUUUCGCUUGCGAUAUGUACACACCACCACCUACAACAGCUUAUGAAUGCCCUACAAAUGAUGAUUGUGCUGGUGUUGGGUGA